AAAAUUUUGUUCUACUCUUUGGUUAGAAACGUUAGAAUUGUUAGAAAUCAGUGAGACUGUGUAACUGUUCAAAUUAUAGUAUUCCAAUUUAUUCUGAGAUGUCAUCACCGUGGGCUAAAAUUCAACCAGCCACCACAGCAGUUAGUCUUACUGAAAUAAUGUCAGAGGAAGUGGCUAAAGACUUGCAAGAAAAAGAAAUCCGUAAACACGUGGAUCUGGUGAUGCCAGAACCAACGCCAGAAGAGUGCGGAUUAUUAGAGCUCGACGACACAGAUAGCGAUGCGGUGAUUGCACAAAUGCUGCAAGCUCAGUUCAAUCGAGAAUAUGACUCAAUGCUUAAACGUACCGAAGAUAAAUUCAACGGUUUUUCUAAAGUCAAUGUUUCCUAUUCAAAUUAUCGGACGUGUCCAUCUGUCGAACCUGAUGAACGUAAGCCGGAAGUGGACGAGGAAAAUAGAGACUGGGAUAGAUUUGUGAGCGUAGAAAAAGAGUACGCUUCCAUUCCACGUUGUGGAUAUAAGAAAGUUGGCGAGGGAUCGGAGAUCGUUACAAAACAUGACAUGCUUAUGUCAUCCAGAAUCAAUGCUUGCAGAGUACUUGCUUUUCCACCUGGAAUAAAAACAGGCGAUGCUGGCAGUUUUGAUAUGAAGUUGAAUAACAAGGUUUUCAAUUCGUUGAGAGCACACAGUCAUGCGCAUUGUGCUCGUGAAAAGGCCAAAGCAAGACCUAAUCCUAAGCAAACAGUAGAUAAAGUCCCACUACCUGUUUCGCAAAAUUGACCGACUCCAGAUGAAAGGAAAAUUAAUAUCAUGUUACAGCUGAUUUCAUUCGCCAAUGCCCGAGAAUUAUGAUUAGGCAUUUUGUUACUAUGUAACUGACACACAGAAUGAGCAGUGUCAAUAUCCAUGAAUAAAUUCAAUUCUUAUUGUUGGCUAAAUAAAGGUUUGCGUAAAAUAUCACUCAAUAUUUAAUAAAUAUAUCUUUUUAUUUUCCAUUGUAUCAAAGUUCAAUACUUAAAAAUAUCGCUUUAAAGUCAAUUUCGUUUCACUGAUAACAAUAAAUGUGGGCUGGACCUUGAUCAUGAGAUUUUAGAGAGCAAUGUACUACUAAUACACUUCAAACACGUCAUUGCAUCGACACAUAUAUUCAUGGUUUGAGAAAUAUAAACGUUGAAAUAACUUCGAACCCAAAGGAUAUGUAGAGCUAAUAUCGUGUUUAAUUAGUAAUGCAUAUUAAAUGCCAUGUAAAAAAUCCAGAAAAGACUUUAAUUC